CAGUAUAUCGAGAAGUGACUGAUCUAAGCUGUCUAGCGGUUGCAGGAGAAGUGGAGUACGGCGUUCCAACUCGUGGUCUGGUGCAGAUGCGCGACCGAGCGCCUUUAGCUAGAUGAGUCCAUUAAAACCAAUGUGGGCAACAUCGAAUGUCAAAAACUUACAGAGUUAUUGAUUUUGAGGAUUUAUUUACCGCUACAGGCCUUAACUAUGUCGAUGAUAAGACCUUUUUGACUUUGUGUGCAGUAUUGCUCGUCCUAAAUUUGAGUACUGAAGAGAGAGGCUAGUUCUUGCCAAAGAGAGACAGUGAGCCGAUGGAAAAUUUUUAUAGAACCGCAACUAAGCUGACUCCCGGAAUAGCAAAAUUCCCGUAUGAUAUUUGACUGACUAAACUAAACUAAUUUCCAUUGUCAUAUAGAAGAACCAGAGGUGAUAUGGUCACAGUUUUUAAAUUACUCGGUGACAAAUUGAAUAUGAUACGCCCUCAUUCUUCUGGUCUUCCAAAACAGAGACAUUACGUUGACAUUCCAUAAAAUUUCACAAGUCCAGAACAAAUCGCUUGUUAGCUGACCUUCGACUUUCGCAUCGAAUCAUUAUUACCUCAACAUAUGAUUGAAGCCCAAUCUGUUGACGCUUUCUAAAGAAAGUUGGAUGAACUGAAAGACCACCAUUGACAGGACCAACACAGGCCACUCAUAUCCCGCCCUUUAAAAACUGAAACCAAAAUUAGGUUUUGGGAGCGCCGCUCUUAGUCUGUUGCGCAACAUUUUCGCUGGGGAUGGCGGAUGAUGGGAGGAGUUUGGAAGAAGAGAAUCGACAGUUAAAGUCUGCACUAAAAGUGUCUAUGCAGGAGAAGUAUGAAGCAGCUGAAUAUGGUCUUACCCUUUUGGAAACAAAUCAACAACUCAAAAAUCAGCUUGAUGAAUUGGGCGGAAAGUAUGAAGAAUUAGAUCGAGAACUAAAAAUUACUCGCAAGAGUUUAGAGGAACAGAACCUUAUUCAACGUAGACUAAGUAUCGCUGGCUUCCAGGAGGAGGAUGACUUGGUAUCCGAGUCGGCAAACAGAGAACGUGUCUUAAGAAAUCAAGUGCAUGAUUUAGAAGUGGAAUUAAAGGAGCUCAGACUUAAGUAUGAGCGGCAAAUGGCGGAGAAUGACACGUUGCACAAAAGGAAUAUUGAACAACAGUCGGCUCAUGAAGAUCUAGAGAAACAGUUUAGGAACCUGAAAUCUGAUAUUAGAGAUGCUAAAGCAAAAGAAGUUCAAAUCUUAAACGAAUAUGAUGACUUGGAGGCAGAAAAUUUAGAGUUACAAAAGACUAUACUUUCCUUAAAAACUAGUCAGGUGGAAUUUGAAAGCGUAAGGCAUGAAUUAAAGCGACUACAAGAGGAAAAUGAUGUUAUACAUGUCCAACUGGAAGAAAUAACUCGUUUAAAGCGGAUGACCGAAAAGUCCUUGGAAGAUGCUUUAGAAUCACUCCAGAUUGAACGUGACCAACGUCAUAAUUUACGCAAGGAACUUGACAGCAGAAUUAUAUCGGAUUCAAUAAGCCACCUCAGCGACUUGCGAAACCUAAACAAUUUGGCAAAUGUUAGCAAGCUUAGUCAACUUCAGGAAAGUAAUACUGAAUGUCAAAAACUAGAUACCAAUGUGUCUACUAAUGAACCUCCUGAAAGUGAUGUGAAGAAUCGAGAAAAUAAGUCUGGUUCUAAGCAUCCUUCGCCAGACGAUCUGCUGACUGAAUUAAGAACUACAGAAAUCGCCAAGUAUGAGGCAGAAUUGGCUCAUAUAGAAGCUGAGAAAAAUGAACUUACGAGAACACUCGAAAUUACCCAGCGAUCUCUUGAGUUGGCUACAAGUGAAGUUUCAAAUAAACAGGAGCGUAUCAAUGGGUUACUGGCUCAGUUAGAUGCAAUUAUGUCCGUCAAAUCAGAAGCAGAUUCUGAAUUCGAAGUCAAAGAAUUGGAAUUAGAAGCACAACCAACUGCAAACUGUAAAAAUGCGAUGGUGGAAUCCUGCAUUUCAAUGACUUCUCAUACAGAUGAAAAUGAAGAUCCAAAUACAAACACACAAAAUGACCUAAAAAGAUUGCGUAGAGCUCUACGGCUAAAUGAAAAUCGUUAUUCCGUAGCUUUGCGACAAAUUGCCAGCAUGCAACAUGAUCUUUGGAGAUAUCAUGAGCGUGAAAAAAUUGAUUCUCGACCUGAACUAGCUUCAGAAGAAUCCUUAAAACAAGAACUGGUUCGCUUACAAGGCAUUUUGGAACAACGUAAUGAGGAAAUAAAAACGCUACAGCAGAAGCUAUCUGAUAACGAACAAACUAUUUGUACAAAUUAUAGUAAGAUCUGUUCUGUCACGGAAACUUAUAAGCAAUGUCUUAUUGUUCUUAUCGGGAUUUAUAGCUUUGUGUGCUCAGUUAUUAAAGUAUCACCACAUAAACAAGUCGCUUAUGUAGCGGAUCGUUUUAAUAUCCCUCUUCGUAGUGAGAAAGAUUCGUCGGAGAAUUCAGUCGCAUCUGAUCUAGUUGGGACAGAUAAGUCUAUUGAUGAACAGUUGGGACAAGAUUGUGGAAUAAAACCAACAGAAUCUCCCACGUCUAAUGCAAAAACAACAACCAGUACUACUACUACCGAAUCUAAUUUCGAAGUGUUAUCCGAAGAAGCCGAUUUGCAUCUUACCGUUGUCACACAACUGCGUCAUCUAGUUAGCACAUUCAAUGAAAAGUAUUCUCAGAUUUCAAAUCAGGUCCCUGGACGUAGCAGUUUAGAUAUUGAAGAGACCCAACAACAAAACUUGCGUUUAAAAAGUCUGUUGGAGACGAAACGUGAACAAGUACACACAUUGCGUAAUAUGCUGCGAGCCAAUAAAACUACAGCUGAAACCGCUCUAGCAAAUUUGAAACAAAAAUAUGAAAAAGAGAAAAUUAAUGUCAGUUCAACAAUGCAACAGUUACGUAGUGAGUUGAAGACACUUAAAGAAGAUGCUGCAAUCUAUGGUUCUUUACGCGCUGUAUUCUCCCAACGUUAUGAUGAAUACAUGACACAAUUAGAUGAAAUGCAAAGGAAACUAAGUGUAGCUGAAGAAGAAAAAAGAACUGCAAAUACUUUGUUACGCCUUGCUAUUCAGCAGAAAUUAGCUGUUACUCAACGACUUGAAGAACUUGAAGUAGAUCUCUAUCAAAAACAAAAUUUUGACAUUCGUUCUGGCCAACCUCAUCCACCUUAUCAUACUAGUUCAAUUCAACCAUCUCCUAAUUCCCUUUUAUCUAGUCCAAAUCACCAGCACUCUUAUUCUACAUCAAUUCAUAGUCAGCGACAUUCAACUCCACAAAGCUUCCCCCCAAUUGAUCUUUCCACCCUUAGAUCAUCUACCCUUCCGAAUGCUCCUUAUUAUACCGGUUCAAGUCCACAACAUGGAAGUAUGUCGUCCAAUGGCAGUGGUGCAAGAUUAUCAGGUCCAGGAUCCGAUAGAAGCAAAAGGAAUACGCGUUUCAGACGUGAUGGUGUGACCUGAACAUAUUGUCUAUCCAGUCGUCUGUUACAUAUAUAUAUAUAGCCUUCAACCUGUUUUUUCUAUUUAGGCUAUCAUCAGAUGUUUUUUUACAUCUCAUUAUGCAUACGCUUGUAUAAUAUGUUUUAAACAGUUUGUGCUCGUUUAUUGUAAUUAUUUAGAGCUCAAUGUUCUUGCUUCUUCACACAACUUAGUUAACCAUAUAUCGUGAAUUCGGCGAGAAAUUUUAAUCUUUUUACUAGUAUGAUGAAUUGUUUAUUAUGUGCAAUAUAAAUUUUCUUUUCCAAUCGAUCUCUCUAAAAUAUACAUUUUAAUUGUAAGCAGUUAGAGGAUUGUGUCUUUCUUUUCCUUUAUUGAACGUUAAUUCAUAUCUCUGGACAUCUUCAUAGGAUAUUUAUAUACAUCUCUGUUAACAAUAUCUGUUCACUGAAGAACAUCAAGUUUGAUCACUUACGUGGAUUUCAUGUCUCUCUGGAUGUUUUCGUUUCUUAAUUUUUAUCCAUCUUUUUAUCAUAUCAAGUGUUGCAAUAUCUUAUUAUUCGUUUUUAGUAUGAUAAAACACUCACGUAAAUAUAAAUAGCAUGUUUUUCAUUAUCGUUUUGUUUUACCUAAUUCUAUUUCUACUUUUCCAUAUGUAUAAAAGCACUAAAGUGUACAAUGAAAUUUUCUUUUCUUCCUGUUAUUCUUCGUGUCAGUCCUUUUAAUUUACUUAUGGCGUUCAAAUAGAAUGCUUCAUGGAAAGUUUGGAUUUUUCUUUUGACAAUAAUUUGUUUUUCUUCAUCUUCGUUCUAAAUGUAUGGUGUUAAAAAGUAGCAAUUCGUUCGAAGUCAUUGUUUUUUGGUUUCAUUCAUUUAUAAACCUAUUUAUGUUUGUGAUGGUUUGAUGGAAUCCUGGUGAGAAUUAUUUUUAGUUCCUUAGAAAUGAAGUAAUUCGACUCCAUAAAAAAAACUAUCGAUUUUAACACCAUAUAAGCUCAUUUACUGGUUUUCUUUCAUCAAAAUGUUUGCUUUUGACCGAAUAAUGCCGUGUGGUUGGCAAGUAUGAAUUGGAUAAUACUUUUAGCUGUAACUCCACGCAACGCUUCACUAAUUAAAACACUCGCAUAUAAAGCAUGUUUCUUAUUGUUGAAGUAUAUAGUGCGUCAAAUAUUUUACAAAAGUUUAUGUGUUUUGAUUCUUUAUGAUAAACAUUCUUAAACAAUUGAUAAGUUCUCUUAUCUCUGUGGAUAUUUGACAUUGCUUAUGAAGAUGUUAGAUUUCUUAUAUCGUAAGUCAGCUGCAUAUGACGUACACCAGAUUUACCAUGUGUUAGAUUAAAUACUCUUGUAUACUUAACAAAAUAGGAUUUUGUUCAAAUGGGGCGUCCUUCACAUUCUCUACACAAAAAUCGAAGCAUCUAAACUUCGUGGUAAAUUUGUUCAAAAUCAAGGACGUGACACGGAGAUCCAAGUUUUCUCCAAAGAAUAUAGGACUUCUCAAAAGUUCGUUUUCUAUUGUAGAAUCGUACAGUUUAUAAAGUAACUGAGCUUUAAUUAUAUAUGCCUGUAAAGCUAAACUUUCCGUAAGCGUAACUACUAAAUAAAUACAGUUCCUGAAGAAUUUAUAGCUUAAUAGUGUUAAUGAAUGUCUCAGUCUUUCGCCAAAAGCGACUUUGAGCACUAAUUGUAACAUAUGUAUGAAAAAUAUAUUGAAAGUGCUUAUUCAGGAGAGAUAUUCAACAUUCAUUUUCAAUAUACAUCAUAUAUUUUGUACAUCUUUCUCUUUUUAUUUAAACCUGAAUUAGUUUAAGUAGAAAAGUAUGGAUCGAAAAUUAAUACUUCAAAUAACAUUCCUGUGUUUCCAAAACCACGUUGUAACUAAAACUUGUCUUCUCUUUAUUACUUAGGUGCAAUUAACAUAGACUUCAUAUAAAGCAUUUGAUUUUUCUUUAUUUGUCGUAACUGAAUAUAAUACUUAGUUUGAGUUCAAUAAUAUCAUAAUUUAACAUUACUUUCAUGAACAGAUAAAACCAAACGUAGGGAAUAUUGUAGACAGUUAUAACUUUGCUCACUUGAAAAGCAUAUGUGAUCAAUUAUUUGAACUGAAUGAAAUGGUUUAAUGUUUUAUUCUACGUAUGCAUAAACGAAUGUCAGCCUAAUUAAUAUUUUCUUUAAUCUAUCUCACGUGGUAGUUCAUUGAUUGUUUUAAUUAUUUGCGUCAUCCAAGAAUUACACAUUCACUUGCAGAGAUGCUAAUGCGUCAAAUACAUUACAUGUUUAUAUGCAGCUUACUCAAGUAAUUUUCUUGAAAUCACAUGUUUCGCCUAUUCUUAUAUUUUGCGCUUAGUUGCUAGGCUUGGAAUGACCACUAGUAUUUAAGUAAAUGCUCACCACUUAGAUGUGAUAUGACCUCGGAGUAACUUUUAUCUACCAAUCACGGAACCGUAUUUUUUUUACAAAAAUGUCUUUAUUAACUCAUUUUAUUGUGUCACUAAUUAUUGUUCAACUUGUGCGUUUUUAUUGCUUCCAUUGUUUUUAAUUGACUGGACUGGUUCAUGUUCUAGUUUUAAAUGUACUAUUUUUGGUUUUAGAAAUAUGAAAAUAGACACCUACGUAUUUCUAGUUAAACUGUUUUGGAUAUAGCUUUGCAAAGAUUUUGUGUUCAACAGUUUGGAGAAUAUUUACGUAAAAAUUAUUUGUAGUGUAGUUGAGUACUAUAUAAUUACGUUAUCGAUCCAACUGAGCAUUUGGAAUUUUUUCUUGUUAGUAUUAAAUAACGAGUUUGUAGAUCAAUCAUUAUUACACAUAUUCUCUAUACUUCUACUUUUUAUCACUACGUAUUUCCUUUCGCCUUCAUUCAAUCUUCAAUACUGACAUUCAUUCGAUUGAUUUGGGUUUCCUCUUGGUUUUGUUAGCAUAAAACCAUUUGUUUCUCUUUCACUUCUCUUAACCUUCGUACUUAUUCGAGAAAGGACGAGGAUUUUAUACGACCACUAUCUUCUGUUCUUUUAUAUUUUCCUAGUAGGCUCCUCGUUUUUGUCAAGGUUUAAGUUCCCUAAGUUUAGUCUGAUUGUCAUUCUGUUUUUCGACAUAAAAUUGCAUGACGAAACCGGAGUAAAAUAAUAGUGAGUAUUUUAGCAGCGGUUUGUCACUGUACGUUAUCAAGUGUGAGAAAAAAGUCACAACGUUUAUAAGUUCACCCCAUUAUAUUGUUGUGGUGUUUGAAUGAACUAGUGAUUCCUUUGUACUUGUUGAAUGCUUGAUUUCGAAUUCCGAAUACAGUACAUUCGUUUGUGGUUAUCUAGUACUUUUUGAUCCGAUUACGUUAUUUCUGGGAUUCUUAGUUCAUACUAUAAUUCAAAUACUCCUAAUUAUCAUAAUUAUCCGAUAGCUGCCAUACCACAGAGUUAUUGUAUUCAAUGAAUGUAUAUAUCAACCCUACUUUGAAGGAUCCAGCAGGAGCCGCUACUUUCGCUUCUGGUGGGAAGUUUCACAUUUUAAUGUAUUAAGCACGAUGUUAAUCUGUGAAUAAGUGAUCCUCGGCAGUUUGUAUUCACUCCAGUAAAAUGGAGAUUGGAUUUGUAUACUGCGGUCAUAUGCUUAUUUCAUUUUUAUACAAUUCCUGGAUAUUCUAUUUUCAGUGUUAUUUCUAUUCUAGUACGAAUAUCGAUUUUAAUCCUAUUUAGUUAUAAGGACGUUUGAUUCUGGUUUCAACCUGAUACUAUUAUUAUUAUAAUUCAAUUUCGUACUUAGUCUAUUAAGAUUUACAUGCAAAGGCGAGACUAUAAUGGAGGAUUUAGUACUGAAAUUCCUAAUAAAUCAUAUUAUGGAUUAUUCUCUGUUGAUUACCACUCAUACUUACUGAUCUACUAAGUAGGACGAUGUUUAUGGCACAAUUGUAUAUCCUCGAUAAUAUCUCCCUCCAAAUCCUAAUAUCACUUGCAUAUAGCACAGUUUGGAUGUCUAGGUCAUUAACAAAAGUUAAGUAAUUGGUUGAGUAUGAAAUCCUGAGGUGCUCCUCUACUUAUGGAAAAAUGGUUAUGCAAGGUAGUAAAGAGUAUGAUUACUUGUGAUCUACCCGAAAGCCAUUUUGAUAUCUACUAAGUGCCAUGAAGGUUUGAAAGUGAUUGCGGCGAGCUUAUUAUUCCUCUUCAUUGAAUGUCAAGAACAGGUUAGCUGAUUGAGAGAGUUAUUCCAGUACUAAUAAAUAAUAUGACGAAAUCUUUGCACGGAUUCAAAAAGCUCGUUAAGCUUUUGCUGACUCACGUCACCUAUCCACCCAUCAAUUCGAGACCGAGUAUACCACGACGCACAGUGCAGAUCAGCCUGGUCAUGGCUGCAUCGACUACAUAUUCACCAUUCGUCAGGUCCUAGAACACAGGCAUCCUUAUCGGCGUCCGACAACGGUGGUCUUUCUUGACUUAAAAGCAGCAUGUGAUUCUGUAGACCGAGUGGGUCUGUGGCAAUGUCUGUCAUUGAGAGGCGUACCUCAGAAGUACAUAAACCUUGUGAAGGUUCUUUACUCGAACACUAUUAAUCGAGCUAGAGUUCAUGGCGAACUGUCAUCUGAUUUCGCAACCCCAAGUGGUGUCCGUCAAGGCUGUUCACUUUCUCCAUUUUUGUUUAACUUCAUCAUAGACCUACUGAUGGAAAUAACGCUCUGAUAGACUGAAUUUUCAGGCAUUGAUCUACUACCAGGAGGUCCACUUAUCGACUUAGAAUAUGCAGAUGACAUAGUCCUGUUUGGUGAAGACGCAGAUAAAAUGCAGAGUCUUGAUAGCACUGAGCAGCAACGCCAGAAUUUUUGGGAUGCGCUUCUCUCCCUCUAAAUGUAAGUAUUUGCUUCAGGACUGGCCUGUGUCAACACCUGAACUAAGGAUGGAGAGUGAAGCAGUCAAACGCGUUGGCAACUCCACUUAUCUUGGAAGUUUGAUCAGCCCUAAUGGGUUAGUGUCUGACGAAAUCUCUGCACGGAUUCGAAAAGCUCGUUUGGCUUUCGCCAACUUACGUCACCUAUAGCGAAGACGAGAUAUCCACCUGUCAAUUAAGAGACGAGUAUACUGCGCAGCAGUUCGUUACGUUCUGGCUGCGAAAUGUGAUCAUGAAGAGUAGAACGUACUCGUAAGCUACUAGUAUUUGACCACAGAUGCCCUAAAAAUAUUGUUCGCAUCUUCUCGCAUCACCAAGUAAGUAAUAGUGAGGUUAGACGCAGGGUAUUCGAGAAUGAUGGUAAACCAGUGGAUGAGGUUGUGAAUCUUCAUCGACUGAGAUGGUUGGGUCACGUGUUACGUAUGCCUGAACACCGUUUACCACGACGCACAAUGCUGACUAGUGUAGGAGAUGGUUGAAAGAAAGUUAGGAGCGGUCAAACCAAAACGUGGCGUCGGUGCUUGAAGUCACUAACUUCUGGUCUGAGCCAUGUUGGUAGAUACUACUAAACUACUUGGUUGGGGUCCACGUGACUAUCGUAACCAAUGGUUGGAGACUGGGUGACAUGGCUCAGAAUGGAACACAGUGGCGUCGGUGUAUACACUCUCUGUCUUCCCUUAUACUUUGAGAUUAAAAUUGCUUCAUAUCUUUCUUUCUACGGACUAAUUGUUUCUUCCUGUACUAUAUCCUUUUACACAAUCGUUUGUAUAUUACUACCAUUGAACUAACUACCUCUAUGGAUUCGGUGUUCAUCUUGUGCUGAUGAGGUAUGGCAACUUGCAUUGAUGCACAUAUGUGCCUGGUCCUACGUUGUAGAUGACUGAUUGACCGAAACUUUUAAUUCUUCAUCGUAUAGUUUAUGCAAUCAUGUAGACGAUGUUCAUUAUUAUCUCCAUCAGCUAAGUAAUAAAAUUCGUUGGUUAUUGAAAGUGUAGAGAUAAGCCUGUCCCAAAAAAUAAAAUUGUCCUGCGAUUCUACGACUUUACUGAUGACUUUUUUACUUUUAAAUGAAACACACAAGCUGAAGGUGACCGGUCACGAAUCGGCACCAGAUCGUUAUGAGGUAGGUUUUACUAAGCACGUCCACCUAUUAUUAACUGCCUUAAACCAAACAUCUCAUAUGUCGACAGCUUUCUAGAUAUAUCUUCGAACUAUUUCUGAUUUGUCUGGAUCCUGAAUCUUCAGAAUUCAAAGCUGUUACGGAUAAAAGCUCUGUCAGAACAUAAACACAAGUGACUCUCGUGGAAGUUCUUGUUUUAUUUGUAUUUGUUUAAACUGACAUUUUACACUCAGUAGGUAGAUUUCUUCCAACGUUUGAACAGAUGAGGGAGGAAAAGUUGUGUAUUGGACUCCCUUGUGGUUUUGGGUGUCUUUACUUUCAAACCAAGUCGUGAGCCACACAUCAUACUCAAAUGAGGUCCAGCGUGUAUACUUAUUUGAGGGCGUUCAACUAAAAUGUUUCUGGAAAAACCAACAACGUUUGCAUCAACGAUACAAGCCAACGGAACUGUUUAUUUCGAUGAUCAUUUUACAGCCACACAUAAACAAACUAAAGUACAGUGCCCACCGGAUCAUCUGACAGUUGAAAGGUGUUCAGUCUACCAGUACUUACUUACUUGCUUACGCCUGUUACUCCUCGUGAAGGAGCAUAGGCCGCUCACCAGCAUUCUCCAUCCAACCCUGUCCUGGGCAAUCCUUUCUAGCUCCGUCCAGUUGUAAUUCAUCGUUUUCAUAUCUGUUUCUAUUAUCCGACGCAAUGUGUUCUUUGGCCUUCCUCUUUUUCGCUUCCCUUCAGGAUUCCAAGUGAGGGCAGUUUGAUGCAGUUUGAUGACUUGUGUAAUGUAUGUUCUAUCCAUUUCCAUCGUCUACCAGUAUAAUCUGAAAAAUCUACUCGAACACUGUCCUAGUAAAUUCUACCGUAAUUUUUAUCUAAAGAUCACCCUAGUAAAUGUACUCCUAAAAUUGCACCUUUUUUCCAAGUAUUUAUCAGGCUUGAUGGAUGAAAAUAAAUACUGAUUGCAGUUUGUGCACUACCCCUCUGACGACAAGAUCGACCUAAGUUUUAUCAAAAUUGAAUUCUACUAUCAAAUAUCUGAGUUAUUAUUUUGUCAUGAACCAGUGCCUUUAAAUCAUGGAUUAAGUACGUCGAUGUAAAAAAAGUAAUAUUCGACAACAAGUCAUAUUGAAAACUUUUCUAAUAGCUUAAAAGGUGAUUUAUUUACUAUCACUCUAAUGUUAACAUAUUCAUAGGGCACUCUUAGCAGAAAGAAGCCAUGAGUACUCUCAUCGGAUAAUUUUAUUAUGUCACUGACAAACAUUAUAAAGAGAGAUAUUAUCACUGCCAAGAGAUGAGACCUGAGACAAUAUCCUCACAUCUGCAG